CACCCCGCCCCAUUCUCCCGCUUUCCAUCACCCCGCCCGAUUCUCCCGCUUUCCAGCACCCCGCCCCAUUCUCCCGCUUUCCAUCACCCCGCCCGAUUCUCCCGCUUUCCAUCACCCCGCCCCAUUCUCCCGCUUUCCAUCACCCCGCCCCAUUCGCCCUCUUUCCAUCACCCCGCCCCAUUCUCCCGCUUUCCAUCAACCCGCCCCAUUCUCCCUCAUUCCAUCACCCCGCCCCAUUCUCCCUCUUUCCAUCACCCCGCCCCAUUCUCCCUCUUUCCAUCACCCCGCCCCAUUCUCCUUCUUUCCAUCACCCUGCCCCAUUCUCCCUCUUUCCAUCACCCCGCCCCAUUCUCCCGUUUUCCAUCACCCCGCCCCAUUCUCCCGCUUUCCAUCACCCGCCCCAUUCUUCCGCUUUCCAUCACCCCGCCCCAUUCUUCCUCUUUCCAUCACCCCGCCCCAUUCUCCCUCUUUCCAUAACCCCGCCCCAUUCUCCCGCUUUCCAUCACCCCGCCCCAUUCUCCCGCUUUCCAUCACCCCGCCCCAUUCUCCCGCUUUCCAUCACCCCGCCCCAUUCUCCCGCUUUCCAUCACCCGCCCCAUUCUCCCGCUUUCCAUCACCCCGCCCCAUUCUCCCGCUUUCCAGCACCCCGCCCCAUUCUCUCUCUUUCCAUCACCCCGCCCCAUUCUCCCGCCUUCCAUCACCCCGCCCGAUUCUCCCUCUUUCCAUCACCCCGCCCCAUUCUCCCGCUUUCCAUCACCCCGCCCCAUUCUCCCGUUUUCCAUCACCCCGCCCCAUUCUCCCGCUUUCCAUCACCCGGCCCCAUUCUCUCUCUUUCCAUCACCCCGCCCCAUUCUCCCGCCUUCCAUCACCCCGCCCGAUUCUCCCUCUUUCCAUCACCCCGCCCCAUUCUCCCGCUUUCUAUCACCCCGCCCCAUUCUCCCGCUUUCCAUCACCCCGCCCCAUUCUCCCUCUUUCCAUCACCCCGCCCCAUUCUCCCGCUUUCCAUCACCCGCCCCAUUCUCCCGCUUUCCAUCACCCCGCCCCAUUCUCCCGCUUUCCAUAACCCCGCCCCAUUCUCCCGUUUUCCAUCACCCCGCCCCAUUCUCCCGCUUUCCAUCACCCCGCCCCAUUCUCCCGCUUUCCAGCACCCCACCCCAUUCUCCCGCUUUCCAUCACCUCGCCCGAUUCUCCCGCUUUCCAUCACCCCGCCCCAUUCUCCAACUUUCCAGCACCCCGCCCCGUUCUCCUGCUUUCCAUCAUGCCGCCUGAUUCCCCCGCUUUCCAUCACCCCGCCCCAUUCUCCCGCUUUCCAUCACCCCGCACCAUUCUCCCUCUUUUCAUCACCCUGCCCCAUUCUCCCGCUUUCCAUCACCCGCCCCAUUCUCCCGCUUUCCAUCACCCCGCCCUAUUCUCCCGCUUUCCAUCACCCCGCCCCAUUCUCCCUCUUUCCAUCAUCCCGUCCCAUUCUCCCUCUUUCCAUCACUCCGCCCCAUUGUCCCCACCCCGCCCCAUUCUCCCGCUUUCCAUCACCCCGCCCGAUUCUCCCGCUUUCCAGCACCCCGCCCCAUUCUCCCGCUUUCCAUCACCCCGCCCGAUUCUCCCGCUUUCUAUCACCCCGCCCCAUUCUCCCGCUUUCCAUCACCCCGCCCCAUUCUCCCGCUUUCCAUCACCCCGCCCCAUUCGCCCUCUUUCCAUCACCCCGCCCCAUUCUCCCGCUUUCCAUCAACCCGCCCCAUUCUCCCUCAUUCCAUCACCCCGCCCCAUUCUCCCUCUUUCCAUCACCCCGCCCCAUUCUCCCUCUUUCCAUCACCCCGCCCCAUUCUCCUUCUUUCCAUCACCCUGCCCCAUUCUCCCUCUUUCCAUCACCCCGCCCCAUUCUCCCGUUUUCCAUCACCCCGCCCCAUUCUCCCGCUUUCCAUCACCCGCCCCAUUCUUCCGCUUUCCAUCACCCCGCCCCAUUCUUCCUCUUUCCAUCACCCCGCCCCAUUCUCCCUCUUUCCAUAUCCCCGCCCCAUUCUCCCGCUUUCCAUCACCCCGCCCCAUUCUCCCGCUUUCCAUCACCCCGCCCCAUUCUCCCGCUUUCCAUCACCCCGCCCCAUUCUCCCGCUUUCCAUCACCCGCCCCAUUCUCCCGCUUUCCAUCACCCCGCCCCAUUCUCCCGCUUUCCAGCACCCCGCCCCAUUCUCUCUCUUUCCAUCACCCCGCCCCAUUCUCCCGCCUUCCAUCACCCCGCCCGAUUCUCCCUCUUUCCAUCACCCCGCCCCAUUCUCCCGCUUUCCAUCACCCCGCCCUAUUCUCCCGUUUUCCAUCACCCCGCCCCAUUCUCCCGCUUUCCAUCACCCGGCCCCAUUCUCUCUCUUUCCAUCACCCCGCCCCAUUCUCCCGCCUUCCAUCACCCCGCCCGAUUCUCCCUCUUUCCAUCACCCCGCCCCAUUCUCCCGCUUUCUAUCACCCCGCCCCAUUCUCCCGCUUUCCAUCACCCCGCCCCAUUCUCCCUCUUUCCAUCACCCCGCCCCAUUCUCCCGCUUUCCAUCACCCGCCCCAUUCUCCCGCUUUCCAUCACCCCGCCCCAUUCUCCCGCUUUCCAUAACCCCGCCCCAUUCUCCCGUUUUCCAUCACCCCGCCCCAUUCUCCCGCUUUCCAUCACCCCGCCCCAUUCUCCCGCUUUCCAGCACCCCACCCCAUUCUCCCGCUUUCCAUCACCUCGCCCGAUUCUCCCGCUUUCCAUCACCCCGCCCCAUUCUCCAACUUUCCAGCACCCCGCCCCGUUCUCCUGCUUUCCAUCAUGCCGCCUGAUUCCCCCGCUUUCCAUCACCCCGCCCCAUUCUCCCGCUUUCCAUCACCCCGCACCAUUCUCCCUCUUUUCAUCACCCUGCCCCAUUCUCCCGCUUUCCAUCACCCGCCCCAUUCUCCCGCUUUCCAUCACCCCGCCCUAUUCUCCCGCUUUCCAUCACCCCGCCCCAUUCUCCCUCUUUCCAUCAUCCCGUCCCAUUCUCCCUCUUUCCAUCACUCCGCCCCAUUGUCCCGUUUUCCAUCACCCCGCCCCAUUCAUCCGCUCUCCAUCACCCCGCCCCAUUCUCCCUCUUUCCAUCACCCUGCCCCAUUCUCCCGCUUUCCAUCACCCCGCCACAUUCUCCCUCUUUCCAUCACCCCGCCCCAUUCUCCCUCUUUCCAUAACACCGCCCCAUUCUCCCGCUUUCCAUCACCCCGCCCCAUUCUCCCGCUUUCCAGCACCCCGCCCCAUUCUCCCGCUUUCCAUCACCCCGCCCGAUUCUCCCGCUUUCCAGCACCCCGCCCCAUUCUCCCGCUUUCCAUCACCCCGCCCGAUUCUCCCGCUUUCUAUCACCCCGCCCCAUUCUCCCGCUUUCCAUCACCCCGCCCCAUUCUCCCGCUUUCCAUCACCCCGCCCCAUUCGCCCUCUUUCCAUCACCCCGCCCCAUUCUCCCGCUUUCCAUCAACCCGCCCCAUUCUCCCUCAUUCCAUCACCCCGCCCCAUUCUCCCUCUUUCCAUCACCCCGCCCCAUUCUCCCUCUUUCCAUCACCCCGCCCCAUUCUCCUUCUUUCCAUCACCCUGCCCCAUUCUCCCUCUUUCCAUCACCCCGCCCCAUUCUCCCGUUUUCCAUCACCCCGCCCCAUUCUCCCGCUUUCCAUCACCCGCCCCAUUCUUCCGCUUUCCAUCACCCCGCCCCAUUCUUCCUCUUUCCAUCACCCCGCCCCAUUCUCCCUCUUUCCAUAUCCCCGCCCCAUUCUCCCGCUUUCCAUCACCCCGCCCCAUUCUCCCGCUUUCCAUCACCCCGCCCCAUUCUCCCGCUUUCCAUCACCCCGCCCCAUUCUCCCGCUUUCCAUCACCCGCCCCAUUCUCCCGCUUUCCAUCACCCCGCCCCAUUCUCCCGCUUUCCAGCACCCCGCCCCAUUCUCUCUCUUUCCAUCACCCCGCCCCAUUCUCCCGCCUUCCAUCACCCCGCCCGAUUCUCCCUCUUUCCAUCACCCCGCCCCAUUCUCCCGCUUUCCAUCACCCCGCCCUAUUCUCCCCACCCCACCCCAUUCUCCCGCUUUCCAUCACCUCGCCCGAUUCUCCCGCUUUCCAUCACCCCGCCCCAUUCUCCAACUUUCCAGCACCCCGCCCCGUUCUCCUGCUUUCCAUCAUGCCGCCUGAUUCCCCCGCUUUCCAUCACCCCGCCCCAUUCUCCCGCUUUCCAUCACCCCGCACCAUUCUCCCUCUUUUCAUCACCCUGCCCCAUUCUCCCGCUUUCCAUCACCCGCCCCAUUCUCCCGCUUUCCAUCACCCCGCCCUAUUCUCCCGCUUUCCAUCACCCCGCCCCAUUCUCCCUCUUUCCAUCAUCCCGUCCCAUUCUCCCUCUUCCAUCACUCCGCCCCAUUGUCCCGUUUUCCAUCACCCCGCCCCAUUCAUCCGCUCUCCAUCACCCCGCCCCAUUCUCCCUCUUUCCAUCACCCUGCCCCAUUCUCCCGCUUUCCAUCACCCCGCCACAUUCUCCCUCUUUCCAUCACCCCGCCCCAUUCUCCCUCUUUCCAUAACACCGCCCCAUUCUCCCGGUUUCCAUCACCCCGCCCCAUUCUCCCGCUUUCCAUCGCCCCGCCCCAUUCUCCCGCUUUCCAUCACCCCGCCCCAUUCUCCCGCUUUCCAUCACCCCGCCCCAUUCUCCCUCUUUCCAUCACCCCGCCCCAUUCUCCCGCUUUCCAUCACCCGCCCCAUUCUCCCGCUUUCCAUAACCCCGCCCCAUUCUCCCGUUUUCCAUCACCCCGCCCCAUUCUCCCGCUUUCCAUCACCCCGCCCCAUUCUCCCGCUUUCCAGCACCCCACCCCAUUCUCCCGCUUUCCAUCACCUCGCCCAAUUCUCCCGCUUUCCAUCACCCCGCCCCAUUCUCCCGCUUUCCAUCACCCCGCCCCAUUCUCCAGCUUUCCAGCACCCCGCCCCGUUCUCCUGCUUUCCAUCAUGCCGCCCGAUUCCCCCGCUUUCCAUCACCCCGCCCCAUUCUCCCGCUUUCCAUCACCCCGCCCCAUUCUCCCUCUUUUCAUCACCCUGCCCCAUUCUCUCGCUUUCCAUCACCCGCCCCAUUCUCCCGCUUUCCAUCACCCCGCCCCAUUCUCCCGCUUUCCAUCACCCCGCCCCAUUCUCCCUCUGUCCAUCACCCCGCCCCAUUCUCCCUCUUUCCAUCACUCCGCCCCAUUGUCCCGUUUUCCAUCACCCCGCCCCAUUCAUCCGCUUUCCAUCACCCCGCCCCAUUCUCCCUCUUUCCAUCACCCUGCCCCAUUCUCCCGCUUUCCAUCACCCCGCCCCAUUCUCCCGCUUUCCAUCGCCCCGCCCCAUUCUCCCGCUUUCCAUCACCCCGCCCCAUUCUCCCGCUUUCCAUCACCCCGCCCCAUUCUCCCUCUUUCCAUCACCCCGCCCCAUUCUCCCGCUUUCCAUCACCCGCCCCAUUCUCCCGCUUUCCAUCACCUCGCCCCAUUCUCCCGCUUUCCAUCACCCCGCCCCAUUCUCCCUCUUUCCAUCACCCCGCCCCAUUCUCCCUCUUUCCAUCACCCCGCCCCAUUCUCCCUCUUUCCAUCACCCCGCCCCAUUCUCCCGCUUUUCAUCACCCGGCCCCAUUCUCCCUCUUUCCAUCACCCCGCCCCAUUCUCCCUCUUUCCAUCACCCCGCCCCAUUCUCCCGCUUUUCAUCACCCUGCCCCAUUCUCCCUCUUUCCAUCACCCCGCCCCAUUCUCCCUCUUUCCAUCACCCCGCCCCAUUGUCCCGUUUUCCAUCACCCCGCCCCAUUCUCCCGCUUUCCAUCACCCCGCCCCAUUCUCCCGCUUUCCAUCACCCCGCCCCAUUCUCCCGCUUUCCUUCACCCGCCUUAUUCUCCCGCUUUCCAUCACCCCACCCCAUUCUCCCGCUUUCCAGCACACCGCCUUGUUCUCCCUCUUUCCAUCACCCCACCCGAUUCUCCCUCUUUCCAUCACCCUGCCCCAUUCUCCCUCUUUCCAUCACCCCGCCCCAUUCUCCCUCUUUCCAUAACCCCGCCCCAUUCUCCCGCUUUCCAUCACCCCGCCCCAUUCUCCCGCUUUCCAUCACCCCGCCCCAUUCUCCCGCUUUCCAUCACCCGCCCCAUUCUCCCGCUUUCCAUCACCCCGCCCCAUUCUCCCGCUUUCCAGCACCUCGCCCCAUUCUCCCUCUUUCCAUCACCCCGCCCUAUUCUCCCUCUUUCCAUCACCCCGCCCCAUUCUCCCUCUUUCCAUCACCCCGCCCCAUUCUCCCGCUUUCCAUCACCCCGCCCCAUUCUCCCGCUUUCCAUCACCCCGCCCCAUUCUCCCCCUUUCCAUCACCCCGCCCCAUUCUCCCGCUUUCCAUCACCCGCCCCAUUCUCCCGCUUUCCAUCACCCCGCCCCAUUCUCCCGCUUUCCAUCACCCUGCCCCAUUCUCCCUCUUUCCAUCACCCCGCCCCAUUCUCCCUGUGUCCAUCACCCCGCCCCAUUCUCCCUCUUUCCAUCACCCCGCCCCAUUCUCCCGCUUUCCAGCUCCUCGCCCCAUUCUCCCUCUUUCCAUCACUCCGCCCCAUUCUCCCGCUUUCCAUCAACCCGCCCCAUUCUCCCGCUUUCCAUCACCCCGCCCCAUUCUCCCUCUUUCCAAUACCCCGCCCCAUUCUCCCUCUUUCCAUCACCCCGCCCCAUUCUCCCUCUUUCCAUCACCCUGCCCCAUUCUCCCGCUCUCCAUCACCCCGCCCCAUUCUCCCUCUUUCCAUCACCCCGCCCCACUCUCCCUCUUUCCAUAA